AUGGAGGAUCCCUUCAGCCCCUCAACUUUCUCGCCGGCGCCCAACGUCUCCGUACCUGUCUCUCCUGGCUGGAGUCUCAACUUCACUUCUGGACAGGGGACCCCAGCCCCCGGGCCGCCGCCGCCGCCGCUGCCGCCGCCUCCCGGACCACCCAGCCGCGGCAUCCGCCUGGUCUUCCUGGGGGUCAUCCUGGUGGUGGCGGUGGCCGGCAACGCCACGGUGCUGUGCCGCCUGCGCGGGGGUGGCGGGCCCUGGGCGGGUCCCAAGCGUCGCAAGAUGGACUUCCUGCUGGUGCAGCUGGCCCUGGCGGACCUGUACGCGUGCGGAGGUACCGCGCUGUCGCAGCUGGCCUGGGACCUGCUGGGCGAGCCGCGCCGGGCGGCGGGAGACCUGUCGUGCCGCUUCGUGCAGCUGCUGCAGGCGUCCGGCCGCGGCGCUUCUGCCCACCUGGUGGUACUCAUUGCCCUCGAACGCCAGCGCGCAGUGCGCCGGCCGCAGGGCCCGCCGCUGCCCGCGCGCGCCCUCGCCACGCUGGGCUGGCUGCUGGCGCUGCUGCUGGCGCUGCCCCCGGCCUUCGUGGUGCGCGGGGGCGCCCCCUCGCCGUCUCCCGCCGCGCCCUCGGCCGCCCGCACCUGGGCGGGGGAGCGUCGCUGCCGCGACAUCUUCGCGCCCCUGCCGCGCUGGCACCUGCAGGUCUACGCGCUCUACGAAGCCGUCGCGGGCUUCGUGGCGCCGGUCGCGGUCAUGGGCGUAGCAUGCAGCCGCCUGCUCUGCGCCUGGUGGCAGCGCCUGCCCCAGGCCCCACCGCCUUCAGCGCCCUGGUCGGCGACUCCGGGCCGAGCCCCUCCGCCCAGCGCGCUUCCCCGCGCCAAGGUCCAGAGCCUGAAGAUGAGCCUGGCGCUGGCGCUGCUGUUCUUGAGCUGCGAGCUUCCCUACUUCGCCGCCCGGCUGGCGGCCGCGUGGUCGUCCGGACAGGUGGAAGACUGGGAGACCGAGGACCUGGCGGCGGCGCUGCACCUCGUGGGGGUGACCAACAGCGCUCUCAACCCCUUCGUCUACCUCUUCUUCCAGGCGGGCGGCCGCCAGCUCCUGCGGCGGCUGCGAAGGCGCCUGGGCGCAGCCUGCUGCUCGUGGGAGGGAAGAGCGGAGGACGAUGAGGGGGCCGGGGGCCACCAAGCGCUUCACCGCCACCGCUGGCCCCACCCCCAUUACCACCACGCUAGACGCGAGCAGCCCGAGGGGGGCGGCUUGCGCCCACCCCCGCCGCGCCCCCGGCCGCUGCCCUGCUCCUGCGAAAGCGCGUUCUAG